AUGGGUGCAGUACUGAUUGGCGGAAGAAUUCGGGAGGUGUCUCCGAUGCCUUACUCCGCCGUUCAUCGACAAGCAAACCCCUAUGCUUGGAGAGGAUUACGCUUUUGGCUUGGAGAGCUGAUUGCCUGGCAACGAAAACGGUUCAUCGUUCUCUCCCUCUUCUUCCUCCUUCUCCCAUUGAUCCGCCCCAUAAUUGGCCAAUACCCCUGUCCCGAACCGGACGAUAUUCUCCCUUGCACAUGCUCCUUACAAGAGAAUGGAGUGUACGUGGAAUGCUCCGAAGCAACGUCCAGUGAUGAAAUCUUCUUUGCCUUCAACAACGCCGUUUGGCCGGUUACUGACCUUGCCCACUUCCAGCUGGCAAAUAAUCACGACGUCAAAGAGAUCCCCGAAAGGAUGUUCGGAGACGUCUCCUUCGAGGUCAUCGAGACUUUCGAUUGCGGAAUCCGGAGCAUUCACCCGUCGGCUCUCCUCCCUUCCAUAGAUCGACUGAAAUUAAUCAGUAUGAGCGAGGGCGCACUGGAACAGUUCCCAUGGGACUACGUGCGAAACUGCACUCAACUCACAACGAUUGAUGUCACAUUCAAUUCGAUUACUGUGUUGCCACCUGUGCAGAGCAAGAGCUUGGAGGUACUCGGUCUCGUUGCCAAUUAUAUUCCCACACUGGAGACUGGCUCGUAUAUGCCAAAGUUGAAGUUUCUCAGCUUCUGUGUAAGCCCAUACACGAGAAUUGAUCUAGGUAACAACCCUAUCUCAGAACUGGCGGAAGGGACUUUCCGCCCCAUCUUCGAGAUCCUCACCCAGGGAGAUGGAAGCAUCGUAUUGGGCACUAGCGUUGUCUGCGACUGCACGAUCGCCUGGCUGGUGCUCAAUCCGGGCUUUCUUGGAAUCAUAGAAGCCUAUUGUGCAGAUGGAGGGCCGCCUAUUCAAGAACUCAAUCCGGGAGACUUCGCAGACUGCAACGCGAUGUGAUCUUCAUUUUCGAUCGCUCUCGAUUGAAGUUGAUAGCUGUAUCUCCAUGCAUAGUUCACAAUAAAGACUUCAGUUAGAU